AUGCGGUUUCUGACGAUGCAGCGGCCGUUGCUGACUGCUGCUGCCAAUUGCGUUGGCAUUGGUAGACCGACUGUUACUGGUGUUGCUUCGAACUGCGCACAAUUGGCGAAUGUGCUGGCUUUGGGACGACGACACGCCUCGGUCAAGGCACAGGGAGCGUACAAGAAGAAGAGUAAGAGGGGGAUUCCCAACAAACUGGGAGCCAAGAGGACGGGAGACCAAUAUGUCAUCCCCGGCAACAUCAUCUACAAACAACGCGGCACGCACUGGUGGCCCGGUGAAAACUGCAUCAUGGGCCGCGACCACACCAUCCACUCCAUGGCCACCGGCUACGUCAAAUACUACCGCGACCCGUCCCUCCACCCCGACCGCAAAUACAUCGGCGUCGUCUUCGACAAGGCCGACUCCCUGCCCUACCCGCAGAACGCAGAACGCAAGCGCCGCCUCAACAUGACUGCCUUCCCCAUCCGAGCAGCGGCCGAAAAGCCGACCCUGUCGCCCUCGGGCAUCCCCUUUGAAGUGACUCGCGUGGAGGCUGGCGAGCCGGAUCGCCUGCUGAAGCUGCGGUCGGACUACAGCUACCGCGAGGAUAACUGGCGCAUCGGACGGCUGGUCAAGACGACGGGCCUGCGGACCAAGCGGUUCAGGACGCGGAAGCAGUGGUUCAGGCAUCGGCGGUGGAGGAGGGAGAGGGAGCUGGAGGGGCAGAGGAAGGCGGAGAAGAUGAGGGCGGAGAGCGGGGAGGUGAAGAGCGUGAAGGUUAUUAGUAAGAAGGCUGCGAAGAAGGCGGCCAAGAAGGCUGGUAAGAAGAGUAAAUAG